AUAUCACAUGAUUCCCAAACUCUCCACCUCAUAAAAGGUUAACGGAUUUUUAAGAGAAUUCGAUCGAUUACUUGGAUGACAUAUUAAUUCAUUAACACCCAGCCCUGUCCUGGAAGCGAGAAGGCCCGAGUGAUCAUCAGCAAACAAAUUAUAUCGUCAUACGGAAGGUAGGAUUAUGUAACUUGGAAAUUGUUGGGACUGUGGAUUCCAUUAAUGACCAGCUACCAAACCACUUUGACGCCAUCGAUAUGGAAUCGAAUGUGGCCUAAUGAGAUUGAGGGAUGAAAAGGGAAAGUUCUUCAACUACUAAUUGUACAUAUUGCAAGUCUGUGCGACUGUAGUAGAGCUAAUAAUGUUUGUGGAAGUUCUUACAAUGUGAAAGGAGUCUGAAAUGGAAGUAAUCGUGGAUGAUUUAUCACUUGUACAGUUACCGGCAUCGACUUGACGAGGAAGUACAGACAAAUUAUUAGAAAAACCGACUUUAAGCUUCGAAUCAUCAAAGAAUGAGGUGUACAGGCUAACAACUCAAUUAGCGCGACAUCGUCUUUGAAAAAGACAUCAUCAUGGAGACCUUCACAGAAAUGUCAUCAAUAUUUGAGAAUUGCACCAGCAACUGCACCGAUGACAAUUACGAUCUCUAUCCACACUCGUACAUCAUCGCGACCAUCUACCUCUUCACAUCCAUCCUCGGUAUCCUCGGGAAUAGUCUCGUCAUCAUCGGCGUCAUCGUCACACCCAAACUCCAGACACCUACCAAUGUGUUGAUCGUGAACCUGGCCAUCGCUGACCUCCUGACGUGCAUGAUACUUCCGUUUCAGGUGUACGGUAUCCUCCAUGAAGCAAUUGGAGCGAAAUUUCCUCGUGUCUGUAGCUUCAUAGGGAGUGUGAUCUAUGUGACGUUCACCUGUAGCGCAGUCACCCUUGUACUGAUAGCGAUAAAUCGAUGUUAUGUCAUUACCAAGAACGUUCACACCACAACGGGUCUUAACACACACAAGAAACAACUAUUCCUGGCUGUUCUAUCAUGGAUCCUAGCCUGUUUAUACAACUUCAUCCCAAUUUAUGGUUUCCAUUUGACAGAGUUUUCCUACUAUCCUCCCUAUAAACAAUGCUUCACAAGUCCGACGGACACGAGCGAUAUUUAUCACAACUUCUUAGCCAUUCUAAUCGGGUGCCAUAUUGUCAUCAUGCUUGGUUGUUACAUAAGAAUUCUGGUACAUGUCCGGCAACAGCGAAAACUCUUUCAUAUCUUCUUCGGCAGCAGUCGCAGCCAGCAACUCGAGCACCGGCAUCACAUCAAGCGUCUUAGCCAACGAGAGGUAAAGGUCACCAAGAACCUCUUCAGCGUCGUCGUCGCAUUCAUCUGCUGUACCAUCCCAACUGCAGUGGCCUUUGUGACUCCUGGAGUGCUGCUAUCAGGGUUAUACACCACCGCUGUCCUUUACUUUAACAAUUGUAUCAAUCCUGUCUUCUACGCCUUCAGACAUCCUGUCUUUAAGAAGUUCUUCGAGAGGCUGUUCAUGCGCGUCCUCAAGAACUUCCAUUGUCCAAAGAAGCUGAUUCCUGCAGGAGAUAGUCGCUAUCUUGCUAAAACCCAGGAAAAGAGCGUUACGAUGGCGUGUUUAUACGCUGUAAAUGUCAGUCAGAUAGUCGCUCUUCAAGGUGUAUCAGACUCGAUAGAGAUGCUAGAUAUGUUAUAGUUUAAAGUCUAAUGACUUAGGAAGGAUACUCUGGGAGAUGGAACCAACUGGCAUUGGCUUUUAACCGUUCAGUAUAUUGUUCUCAUGAUGUGGUGUAGUGAUGUGUGCUUGCCAAGUAGAAUUAAAUCAGUAUAACGUAAUACGACUCAAUAAUCAACUCAUUCAAUCAUUGUAGACAGGAUAGAGUUGAUAUAGAUUAUCAAAUUAUGUUUCUGUUUAUUGUAACUCCCACAGGAACUCGACAGCUCUGGGUAGGGGAUGCUAUUAAGAUAAAAGUAUGAUGUCUUUGUACCGCGGUCGAGACCCCCAUUUUCAGCCUAAAUUUUCGUUCCAGAACAUCUAGAAAGCUAUAUAAAUCCCUAUAGUUUUCCCCGUUCCAGAGACCCUGUGUUUCUCGUACUCGUUCCAUUGCGCUACCAUAGCCCCUAACAUAUACGAUAUGAGUUCCAGAGUUCUUGUAGAACGGAAAACACAAUUGUGUCCCCCCUACCUUUAAGGAGAGAUUUCCGCCCAUGAAUAUAUAUAAUUUCAAUUUCAUAUUUCAUAUUCACUCCCAUUAUUAAUCCAAAUAUCUCCUACAUAGGCCAGUUUAUAACGUGAGUCAAAUCAGUGGAUGUUUCUUUCAAAGAAUUCGUUCAACAUUUUCAUAAUCAGUAAACUCCGGUACUUGUGAUCCGAUAUAUUCCUAUAUUAAUAAUGAUAUUCUUGCCCUGUAAUUUUAAUGUUUUAAGAACAAAGACUUUGAGUGUGUAAGCGAAUAUAAACAUAUACAAGAAUAUAUAAAAUUUUUACAUUGCGACUUAGAGAUUUUCUGAGGUCUCAGUCUGGUCGCGAUACUGUGUAAAAUACGUCCACACCAUACGUUGAUAACAUGUGACACACAUUUUAUCACAGUGUGAUAUACAGAAUGAUAAAUGCGACAAACAACCAUGUAUAAUCAAGGAGUGCUGAUAACUCCUUGGUAU